CACACAACUUCACCAAGUGAUGUGAUCUACCCAACUUUCACAACAUUUUCACACCUGACACAAAUGAUGAUUUCUUCACGCACAAUGAAGGUGCUUCAACAUUUUUUAACAUGGGAUCUACCCAAGUGUAAGCCUAUAUACAAUCCAUCUUUCUCAACGUUUUCACACAUGACACAAAUGACUUCUUCACACACAGUGAAGGUGCUUCAAUGCUGCCAAAUCUCACCACCACAAGGAUCAGUGCCAUCAACAACUAUUCCAUUAACUUUCUUUGAUAUCCCUUGGCUUCUUUUCACCCCAAACCAACCCCUUUUCUUCUAUGAUUUUCCCCACUUCAGUACUCAUGACUUCAUACAUAACAUACUUCCGAACCUCAAGCAUUCUUUGUCCUCAACUCUCCAAUAUUUCUUUCCUCUUGCUGGAAAUUUGGUUAUUCCUCCACAACCCUCCAAGCCCCACCUCAGUUACGCUGAAGGGGACUCAGUUUCUUUGAUCAUUGCUGAGUCUAGCUGUGAUUUUGCUUUUCUUUCUAGUUAUCAGCCAAUAAAUGUACAAGAUUUUUACCACCUUGUACCUCAGCUGACACUUAGCAUGCCAGUUGAGACAACUGCUAGUGCUAGACUUCCACUUCUAGCCGUGCAAAUAACUAUUUUUCCUAGAUUUGGUGUCUGCAUGGGAUUUGCAUUGAGACAAGUGGCUGCUGAUGGGAGAACAUUUGACAAUUUCUUGAAGACUUGGGCAUCCAUUCUUGGUGAAGCAGGCAACAAAUGUCCCCCACUGGCUUUGGUGGACAAUUUUUUGCCAUGUAAUGAAAGGUCUUUGAUCCAUGAUCCAAGUGGGCUGGAGCUAAUUUUCUUGAAACAAUGGUGGCACCUCAAGGGUCUGCAAAAAGAUGUGGCUAAUGGUUCAAAUUUUGAUGAAAUAGUAAGAGCCACAUUUGUUGUGGGUCCAAUAGAGAUGGAGAAAAUAAAAGGGUGGAUCAUGACCCGGUCCAUGAAUAUAUUCGGGUCAACCCGGUUAUAUUUGUCUCCCUAUGUGGUAACUUGUGCAUUUGUUUGGGUGUGUUGGACGAAAAUCCACUUAAUCCAUGGAGGAGAUUUUCCUGAAAAGCCACAUUACUUUGGGUUUAUUGCGGGUGGCAUCACCCGGUUAGGAUUCUCUGUGCCUAAAUCUUACAUUGGUAAUUGCGUUGCAUUUGGUCGAUCCAUGGUGAAGAGGGAUCAAUUAGUGGGAGAAAAUGGUCUCAUAUAUGCUGCAAAAGCGAUUGGGGAUACAAUUAAGGAGUUGGAUAGAGAAGUUUUGGGCGAAGCAGAUAAAUGGAUUUCGGAUUGGGAAGUCUUGUUUGGGUCGGAGCCCCAUGUCAUGAUUACCGGGUCACCGAAAGUGGGCUCUUAUGAAUUGGACUUCGGGUGGGGCAGACCCACGAAAGUGGAAGAGGCAUCCAUCAGUAAAACCCGUGCAAUUUCACUUUGUGAAAGCAGAGAUGUUUUUCACGGGAUUGAGGUUGGAUUGGCAUUGCCCAAGGCCAAAAUGGAUGCUUUUGACUCCCUUUUUAGAGAAGGCUUGAAGACUUUGUGACUUUAUUGUACUUUUGUAAUCUAUUGUUUUCCCACCUUUCCUCUAAAAUUUUUAUUCCCUAAUAAUUCUGGUUUUGUGAA